CGCUCAGGUUAAUCGUUUUCGGGAAGUUACGUUGUGAAAGCCUGAUUUGCGUAAGCAUGACCAUGGUGGAUAAGAUAAAUGAGGGCUGACGUUUGGGUUGUUGUGGUCCCGACUCUCAGUUGAGUACUAUGUUAUUUCUCACGAUAUGGACGCCUUCACUGAUUCACUUUCUCGGUCAAGCUGCGCUCCGUCUCUUUAGACCGCCACUUUUUGCAGAGCGCCAACUUCGCACUGAAGCCCAAGGCUGAACGCGAACGAGGAAGUGCCGCGUAUCGAUUGAGACGAUGAACUGCCAAUCUUUCAUGUACGUCAGACGUCUGCGGUGGGUGUGCUUGAUAUGGUGUCCCCCCGCCCUUCCUCUUUUUUAAGCACAUUACCAUCGCAGACUUUGGAGGACGCCGCCAAGAAUGGUAAAGAGUAUUAUAUUCGCAUUGUUGAAAAUCACCAGACAUUACCAGGUGCUUAACUAUGCAGCAGUUUUUACAACAAGAAAAAAGGCGCUUUAUGUUUUAAUUCUCAUUCUGUGUCUUGCAUCUGUAUUUGUAAUAAAUAAAAUUACAAAGAUUCAUUUCAUAAGGAUGAGUAAAGAACAUUCCUCCCACAAGGCCAUCAGUCAUGUAUUAAGAAAAAUCGAGCAAAACCUGAACAUUACCCCCUACGCCAGGAUGACUCCGCUUUCUAGUGCAGAGGAAAGCCUGGUCACCCUUUUAAAUCCCAAGCCCAGUUACAAAGUGGGAGAGACGCUCAGUCUUCGCGUGGAUUUGUAUGAUCAAGACGGCCAACAUAAAAGUUCUGGAGGGGAUUUCUUGUUGGCCAGAAUUUUUUCUUUGUAUCUUGAUGCCUCUGCGUCUGGUGUGCUCGAAGACUUUAGUAAUGGGACCUACAAGGUCACCUUCACAUUGUUUUGGCCUGGACGGGUAGAAGUUUCAGUACAGCUGGUACACCCCAGUGAUGUGGUAUCUGUAUUAUGGAAGGCCAGGCAGCAGGACUAUGAUAAAAUUAUGUACACGGGCACCUUCAUGAGCCAAGGAAUACAGGAGGAACGGCAAUGUUUUCAGCACUUGGUCAAAUGGAAGCAGCUUUGUAAAUAUAAAGAUUAUAGGGAUAAUGAAUAUUUUUUUUGUCUGAAACCUAAAAACCUGUCCUGUAACCAUCUUACGUAUCUUUAUUCAAAGAACAGUGAGGAUCUCAACCUCAGUCAUCAAGAAUUUCACAUUUUAUUGAGGUCAGAUCUUGCAGUUGAAGUCCCCAGUGAAUUUUUGUCCAUUGAUGUUAAUGACUGCAGUGACAAUUUUCAAGGACCAUCUCUAAAAUGCAAAAUGGGAAUGAAGUUUGAAUCUCCUGGAGGCUUUUUCUAUUUAAACAAAUGGUAUCCCAAAAAUUGCAUCGUGUGUCAGUUCACAAGGGUAGAUGAAGUUAAUGGCUGCCUGAAAGGAAAGCAGAUCUACCUGUUGGGAGACUCCACUGUGCGCCAGUGGAUUGAGUACCUCAUCAAGAUCCUGAAGAAUUUGAAAAUGACCAAAAUGCCUUCUGGGAUUUCCCCUGUGGUGGCAACUGAUGUUCAAAGAAAUAUCUACAUCGCCUGGAUGAAGCACUGGCAGCCUUGGGUCAGCAGCACACCAAACGCCGUGAGCAGUGGGCAGUACAUCGCUCGACGGCUCGACACUAUUGCUGGAAGUACCAACACGACUGUUGUCCUUGCCCUCGGCCUGCACUUUAGGUCCUUCCCUAUAACGUUAUUCUUGAAGAGGCUGUUGAACAUUCGCAAAGCAAUCGAAAGACUUCUUCGGAGGAACCCAUUAACAAGAGUCUUUGUCAAACUGGAAAACACCCGCGAUCUCUCGGUUGACAUGGUGCGCUGUAGUAACUGGCAUGGCUAUGUGCAAAAUCUGGCUCAGAGGGAGGUGUUCCAGGGCCUGGACAUUCAGUUCAUAGACGCCUGGGACAUGACCGUCUCCCACAACUCAUUUGCCAUCCACCCCUCCCCUAAUAUUGUUUGGAAUCAGCUGACUUUGUUUUUAACGUACAUAUGUGAUGAAUGUUCUAAUACCCGUAGCUUUCAGUGUGACAGUAACAGACAGGUGGAAGAAGAUGACACAGAUGACAGGUGAUCCUAUAGGUCCAAAAAAAAAAUGUAACCCGUCAACUGAGCAACUGAGAGAGGAGUCAUGAAGAUCUUGAGGAAAUGCAAGAGUGGAGAGCCUCCGUGAUGGUGUGUACUGUGCAGCAAGGCACGACAGGCUCCGUCCUAAUUGUGAUAGACAGUAGGUAUGUGCAGUGAAUGUACAAAGUAGUUCUUUUGUCUUUGAAUGAACAUACUGGCUCAGUGACUUUAAAGAACCAAUCUUUUUGUUGCAUGUGCUACAUUUUAUAUAACAUUCUGUGACAGUCCGAAGAUAUCAUCUUAACUUCACUUAAAUGACGGCUGUCUUCAGGAAAUGGCCUAUUAGUAAACUGUUUGAGCAAAACGGUCAUGACGACAACUAGCCAAAGACUGACUGGGUAGAUGACACCAAACACCUCGCAUUGAUCGGUUCACCGUGUCUGAGGGACUAUGACUGUCUGCGUACACGGACUGAUUGAAUGAACCAGUAUGCCCGCUACUGAUCUGGAGAAGUUCGUUCAGAAACUGCAGAUGAUUGACGCACAGUACAGUAAAGAAUUAAAAGGACUGCAGACAACAGACUUGCGUUUCAAUUCACGGAUGAUGUAUGUUCGGAAAAUUGCAUCAAAAAGGACGGGGUACAAAAAAAGGAAUUUGUGGGAGUUUAAUACAAAACUGAAAAGAAUUUUAUUUAGUCCUAUUUCAAUGUUCUCACAGUUUUAUCAUGAUGUGUGCACUAUUCUAAGGUUCCAUUU